AUGGCGGUCACCGAUCCAAAACCCAUGCGGGUUUGUUUUUCAUUUGCAGCCUACACCAAGAACCUCAUUCAUUACCUAAAAUCCUCCGAUAUUCCCAUUGAAGAAGGCCUCACCGACGCCGAAUUAUCCUCCAUUGAAUCCACCUUCAAUUUCACAUUUCCCCCCGAUUUACGUUCUAUUCUCCAAGAAGGCCUCCCUGUGGGUCCCGGCUUCCCCAACUGGCGAUCAUCCUCCUCCGUUCAACAACUUCAGGUCCUCACCAGUCUACCCGUCUCAGGUGUAUGCAAGGAAAUAUCAAGAAACCAUUUGUGGCUCGAUUCUUGGGGUGAAAGGCCAGGAGAUGAUGAUCAAGCUGUGAAUUUAGGUAAAGGAUUCUUGAGAAAUGCGCCGUUUCUUGUUCCGGUGUACCGGCAUUUCUACGUUCCUUCGACGCCGUGUAUGGCGGGGAAUCCCGUGUUUUACGUGCAUGGAGGGAAUGUUCAGCUGUGGAGUUUCGAUAUAGCCGGAUUCUUCCAGCAGGCGGAAUUCACCACGAACGAGGACAUCUUGAGAAGGCCCACCUUGUCCAAAUUAUUCAGCACGCCGGCCUGGGCCGCGACUGAGCCGAGGAGGAUCGAGGUAUGGUCGGAGUUGGUGGAGAGGGGGGAAAGGCUGGCGGCGUGUGGUGGCACGCGCAGGUGGUGGAGUGGGGAGUUAGGGGGGUGCUUGGAGGAGGUGUUUUGGAGAUUAAGGAACGGAGGGUGGAAAGAAGAGGAUGUAAGGGAGAUGAUGAUGAUGGACGGGCGUGAUGAGAACGAUGAUGAUCACUGCACCGGACGAAAUGGUUUUGAUAAGAACGCUGCGUUGAUUGAUAAGGAAGGGAUCGUCUGGCACGUGAAGGUAUUGUCUAAGAGGCUGUUGCGUGCGGGGUGGAGCGGGGAAGAUGUGAUGGAGUCGCUCGGUUUUCCGGAGGAUUAUUUGGGCGAUCCUGACCCACCACCACCUGAUGGAGAUUGUUGGUUCGAGUUUCGACACGAUCAAAAAAAUAAUUCUAAUGCUAAUACUACUAAGGAGAGUCAAAUGAACAUGCACUCUAUCAAGGCGUGA